AUGGUAAUCGAAAUAUCCGAGAUGCGCGUCGCAAUGGACGACUGGAGAGGAGUGACAAGCCCUGCUGAGGAGAAGAAACGGCAGAAUCGUCGAAGCCAGAGAGCUUACCGGAGGAGAAUGAAGGAUCAGCAGGGAAGUGCUCAAUGUUCUGAUUCGGCCGGCACAGCAACGUCGGCUGCUGGGCCGCACUCGACACACGCCCCCUACCAGACACGCGCCAAAAAUGUGAAAUGGAAGUCGGCUUCCAUCCAGGCUUUGAUCCUGGACACGUUCCAGGAUUACAGCCUUAAUGCCCCUCGCCCGAGCCAACUACAGCUCCUCAUCCGACUCAACGUCCUUGACGGCCUUGCUCGAAACGCCGAAGCCCUGGGUUUCCCAGUCAAGGGCCUCUGCGCCGAUGAGUUCAUUUCUCCUUUCAACUACCAGAAUGGACAUCGGCCGUCCUCGCAGCCCUCCCACCCCGAGUCUCUCAGUCCGACGGCCCUCCAGCGAACGGUGCGACAUCACCCGUGGGUUGACCUCUUCCCCCUGGCGCGGCUUCGCGACAACAUCCUCCGUGGUCUUGAUUCAGGGACAAUUGACGAAGAUGAGCUCUGCUCCGACCUGCUCAACGUUGAGGACACGAACUGGUCAGACGCGAGCGCCGCUUUCCUGCGCAAGUGGGGCUGGAUCACGCAAGGUUGUCCAGAACUCAUCGAGGGCAUUAACUACUGGCGGCGAAUACGGGGCGAGCAGGGCAUUGUCUUCGAUGACUUGACCGGCGAUAACGGCUACGCCCGUGGAAGACACUAG